AAGUAUUUGUUUUCUAUGUACUUAUAUGCAGUGGACAAACUGCCAAUUAAGUCUAUAACUCACAAUUUCCUAAUAAAAGGGCAUAGUCAAAACGAGGGGGACAAUGUACAUGCAAUGAUUGAGAAGCAGAUUAAGAAAUGUCUGAAGUCUGGACCAAUUUACCACCCGGCUCAAUACAUUUCAUUGAUCAAAACUGCAAAAAAAACUGGGAAUCCGUAUAAAGUCAAUGAACUAAGUCAUGAAGAUUUCUUGGAUUUUAAAGACCUAUGGGCAAACAUUGGAUGUAACUCUACAGUUAAUGUGUCAGGAUGUACUGUUGCAAUGAAUGACAUCAAAAUAAUUAAAGUUGAGAAAGAUUCUCCCUUUAAAAUCAAGUACAAGACAACUUAUGAUGACACAGUUGACUUUCAAGAAAUUUUCAUCCAGCAGAUUGAUAUUGAAGAAAACGAGGAUUUAUUCGGAGACAACAAGAAGAGUCACACUAAGAAGAAAACCAGAAGUUCAAAGAAGAAACAACAGGUUUUUCCUGUGCAUUGUUCAGAUGUUGCUUUAAAAAAAUUAUACGAGCAAAGACUGGGAAUUUCAGUUAACAAGAAAAAAGACUUACAAUACUUACUUGAAAAACAUGUUAUUCCAAGUUGCUAUGCACCAUUUUAUAACUCACUUUAAAUUUUUGCAGUAACGUUUGUGUUUAGCAACAAUGUUAUGUUUGUGUUAAUGAUUUUUAU